GGAAAGUGCCAGGCGGAGGCGGCUAUCCAGCCUCCUUUUUUCCAAUCGCAGACCUUUUUUCCUCUUGUCAAACGGGGAUCCUCCUCCUUCUGCUCCCCCUCCUCUUCUUCCUCCUCCUCUUCUUCUUCCUCCUCCUCUCACCCUUUGGAGAAUCCCCCUUUACUUCUUAGACGUCCAUCCUCUCUCUAUGGACAGCAGCCUCUCUCUGGGAUCCGGCUGUGCGCCUUCAGGAGCGCAAUAUCUGUUUCGCCUUCACCUGCAGCCGACCUUGUGGAUCCUCGUUGGAGAUCUACUGGGAUUAGGAAAAGGAGGAGGAGGCAGCGGCGUUGGAGGGGGAUGCCGGACUGCCAGGAAAGCGGGGGGAAAGGACCCCCCAUCCACACCAAGAUCUCCUUCUCCAUCUUAGACAUCCUGGAUCCCCAGAAGUUCACCAGGAGGAAGAGCAUCCCUGAGAAGGAGAAAAGUUGGGGAAGAGUUGGACUCCUGGAAAGCAGACCCGGAAGGAAGCCCGAAGAGUCCCAAGAUGCCAGCGGCAGAGAAAAUGAAGUGGCCCUUGAUGCCUUGGAGCAAGAGGACCAUGACGACCAGGAAAAGAGACACUUAACCACCUCAGCAGGGUCUGGCACCACCUCACUUGACUUCCCUUCUUCUUCCUCGCCGUCCUCAGAUUUGGAGGAGCCCAGUUCUCCUCCUCGGCCAUCUUCCUCAUCUCCUUCCUCCUCCUCGUCAUCAUCCAAGCGCCGUCGAGCAGAAUCCAGUUGUGCCAAGCCCCGCCGGGCCCGGACAGCCUUCACCUAUGAGCAGCUGGUGGCCUUGGAGAACAAGUUCAGGGCCACACGAUACCUGUCAGUGUGUGAGCGCCUCAACCUGGCCCUCUCCCUCAGCCUGACCGAAACGCAGGUGAAAAUCUGGUUCCAGAACCGGAGAACCAAGUGGAAGAAGCAGAACCCUGGCCUUGAUGGCACCGGGCAGCCAGGGAGCAAUGCAGGGACCACUGGAGGAGGAAUAAGCAGAGGAAGUGGCAGCCCAGGCCCACCAGGCCCCAACACCUUGGCCUUCCAGACUUUCCCUUCAUAUGCACCCAACAAUGUUCUCUUUCCAUCCGCAGCACCUCUUCCCCUUGGGGCAGGAGGGGGACCCUUCCCUUCCUUCCUCAGCCCCACAUAUCUGACCCCCUUCUAUACCCCACACCUAUAGAGGGAGCCCCUUUCUCUGUGGUGGAGUGGAGAAGGGGCCAUGCUUGUCCAUGCCAGCAAAGGACAGAAAUACAGGAUGAGUAUCCCAAACGCUUGGGACCAGAAGUGUUUUGGAUUUUGGAAUAUCUGCAUUUGUAUGGUGAUGAAGAAGGGCCAUGCUUCUUCAAGCAAGCAAAGAACAGAAACACAGGCUGAGUGUCCUUUAUCCAAAAUGCUUGGAACUAGAAGGGUUUUGGAUUUUCAGAAAUACCUAUAUUUGCUUAUACCUUCGUAUAUCUAAAUCUUGGAGAUGGAACCAGAGUCUAAACAUGAAAUUCAUCUGUUUCAUCUACAGGCCAUUUUAUACAAUAUUUUUUAAUAAUGAUGUAAACGAAACCAAGUUUGUGUACCAUCAAGAACGCAAAGGUGUCACUAUCUCUGCCACACACAUGGACAAUUUUGGAGUAUUUUGGAUUUCGGGAUAAAGGAUGCUUGAGCUAUAAUACACUAGAAGACCUUCUCUGUCUCUACUCCACCGUCGGCAUGCCCUACUAGCAACCAGCAACCAUUGCCCCCAUUGGGUGUGUUUUCAGUCUUCCGUUCGGUGGAAAAAAGAGAAUGUGUAAAUUGUAGUAAAAAGACACUCCUAACCUUUUUCCAAAGCAAAAGAAAAAGCUCCACCAAGUCACUCAAGUGUGUGAAAUCCCUUUGGAAGCUGAAGGAACAUUAAUGCAAGUAUAUGGAUUUAUCUCCUCCUUUUUACACAAAACUACUAUACAGUAUUUUGUAUUUAUAUAACUGAUGCUUACUGUACACAGAAUGAAAAAAAAAAGACACAGAUGUGGAUUUAUCAGUCAGCCAAGACAGAUAAAUCUGAUUCUCCUUGUAAUCCUCCCUGUAAUUUCACUCCCUUCAACUGCCUGGAGAUGUUGAAUCAACUUAAUAACAUUUCUACCCUUGUUGAAUUUGCUAGUCGAGGGACCAGACUAUCCUAUUGCGACCCAUGCUGCAUGAUCUUCCUGUGACCAUUAAAUUCUCUCCCUAGAUGGGAAGGAAGGAUGUGUGUAAUAGUGACAUAUGCAAAUUGCAGAUUGGAAAUGGAGAUAGCAUUUUAAUAAAAUGUGCAUACCAUUGUGUAUUUUAAAAUAAA